UCACCGAACCGGAAGUAGACCGCUAGAGUCAGCGGGAGGGAAAUUUUGAAAGUAGUUGGGUGUGUGCAGUUAAGUUUAAUGGUCGUAUGUCAGUACACAACCGUUGACUUUUAGCCCAGUUCCUUUGGAUAUUUUCAAGGCAUUUAUUUUAACUCAAAAAUGGAGAGGGAGGCGGCUGCACCAGACGUCGUGGUGGCUGAUUUGGAGUCUUAUGUUAACGUUGAAUUCGACAUAGAAAACAACAACAUGUCUGCUGUUACUCAAGCCCUGUUUCAGAAUGAAGGCAGUGCUGAGGAUGAAGAUGACAGUGAUGAUGAUGGUGAUGAUGACAGUGGCACAGACCACUUUGGCACAGAGAAGUCAGGGACUCAGCUGCAGAGAUGUGAGCGCCAUGCAGGGAUGAAUUCAAAUCUCCCGGACACUUUUCAGACCAGUUGCCUCCUGUUCUAUGAGAGGUUCAAAGCAUAUCAGGACUACAUGCUGGGUGACUGUAAGCCCUCUGAGGUGAAGGCCUUCACAGCCGAUUACCUGGAGAAGGUUGUGGAACCAUGUGACUGGCAGGCUCUGUGGUCCACUAAUGUCUUUGAUGUUCUGGUGGAGGUAUGUGACAUAGACUUUAAAGAUCUGAAAGCGUGUGUGAAGCUGGUGCUGCCUCUGCAGUGCGAGGCCAAAGGCUGUGAACUCAAUGAGGAGUCCAUGAAGUCUCUGCUGGAGGCCACACAGCACAGAGUCCUGCUGCAGGAGCUUCAGGUGGUCUAUGAUGAGUCGGGAGACUUUGACGAGACUGCCCUCGCCAUAGAACAUUUGAGAUUUUUCUACAAGCACAUCUGGAGGCAGUGGGAUGAAGAAGAUGAGGAUGAUGAUUUUGACUACUUUGUCCGUUGUGUAGAGCCUCGUCUCAGACUACACUAUGACAUCUUGGAGGACAGAGUCCCGGCAGGUUUAGUGGCAGAGUACCAGUCUUUAUUGGAAAACUGCUCCCAGUGCUUUCAGCAGUUCUCUGCGCUGCGUAGCGGCCUGAGCAGUGACUCAGACUCUGAGCUGGACAACGUGUCUAUGGUGGAGGGCCUGAAGCUCUAUGAUCAGCUGGAAACAUUGAAGCGCAAGCUGCAUAUCAUUGAAAACCCCUUGUUAAGGUAUGUGCUCGGCUAUAAAGGUAAUGCCAGGCAGCAAUGUGUGCAGAGCCGUGGACCCAGAACAUCAGGUGUCAAGGUGGUUCAUGUGGUCUCAUCGUCUUGCACCACGAUCCAGCUCCAGUCCCUCCUCAAUGACAGGUUGCUUCCUCUGUGUUCCAAUGAGGACUCUGAAAUUCAGUUUCACAGAGACCCUGUAUCAGCUGUGGAUUCAUGCCAUGAGGGCGACAUGGUCAUUGUUCUCCCAGGUGUCUACAGUGUUACCAGCUCCAUGGUCCUACCAGACUCCAUCACAAUAGAAGGCUUCGGACUUCCUGACGAAGUGGUGAUUGAGAAGAAAAACAAAGGAGAUUCAUUUGUGGAGUCCACAGGAGCCAAUGUCAAAAUGUCCAACAUCAAGUUCAUUCAGCACGAUGCUAUUGAGGGCAUUCUGUGUGUGCGUCAGGGAAAUCUGUACAUGGAGAACUGUGUGCUACAAUGUGAGACCACUGGGGUUAUUGUCCGAACAUCCGCUCAUCUCACUAUGAACAUAUGUGACCUCUAUGGCUCCAAGGGGGCUGGUGUGGAGAUCUACCCCGGCAGCGUAUGCAGUCUGAUUGGAAACGGCAUCCACCACUGUAAGGAUGGAAUCCUCAUCAAGGACUUUGCUGAUGAGUUGGAUGUGAUGCCGUCUAUCACCAUGGAAAACAACGUGAUCCACAACAAUGAAGGCUACGGAGUGAUUCUAGUGAAACCCAGUAACAUGGGCGACAAAAAAGUCCCUACUGAGAGAAGCGAAGACAAUGCUGGACAGAUGGCUGAAGAGAAACAGCAGGAAGGAGUUACAGAUCCUCACAUCAACGCCGCCUCAUCAGCAGCUCCAACUGCCGGCAACUCCAGAGAUGUUCAGGCUGAGUCCGCGGACGUCGGCAACGGCACAGACGGCGACGCACCUGCCACCUCGUCAAAGAAGUGGCAGUUCUGUCGGCAACUGAGCAGAAACAAGGAGACGUCCUGCAGCCGAGCCGUGCAGGACCUCAUGGACCAUGAGAUAUUUGUCUCCAUCCAAGGAAACCAGUUCAGACGUAACGGCAUGGGCGACUUUGGCACCUUUUUCUACUGAUAAAAGUAUUGACUAUUCAGAAAGCUGGAGGUUAAUACUAACAAGCAGCACUAAGAAAUGUCUUUUAAGAUCCGCUAUGUUCAAGCAAUAUUAUUCUGCAGCAUGCUUUUGUCAUGGAAUACAUAUUGCUGGGAAUUAUUUCUGCUUUGGACUGAGUUGACUCACCUCAUUAGCUGUUCUGCAAAGAUGCCCGCAACAUAGGAAGUGCCUUUGUGAAUUUCUAGAAACUCUGACUUCCAUCCUUUUGAGCCAGCAGUGAUGUGAUCCACACUUGCACAAAUGCUUUUAUCUUAUUUAUUCCUUUGGGCUCUCAGUGAAAAAUUUAAGACAUUUUUAUUAUUUUUAGUAGUGUAAAGGACACUUGUCACUUUGAUUGCAUGUUCUGAUUUAUGAUCUAAUAAAUUUUUGUUAUGCUUAAGGUGGCGGCUUGAUAAGUCCAGUGCACUGUUUAUAACACAGAGUUCCUGUCAUGUUCACAAAUAUACUGUGUUUCCAUUGUUAGUGUGAGUUCUGUUGUUUUCACAUGUUCCCUUGGGUGUUUUUUAAAGUUAGGGUGAUGUAUUGAGGGGAGUUCACAAGCCCAGAUGAUGGUCUUAAACUCAUCACCAGGUAUAAGCUUAGGGUGUAUGUUGAAACUGAUAAUAGGACUUAGUUACAAACUGCUACUUAUGUAAACUGUUAGUAUAAUGGAGUGCUUGGAGAUUAAAAAGUGGCUCUUAAAACCUUAGUAUGUGUUGGUGCAGUGAUGUAAUCCUAUUUUAUCUGUCCUGGUGUAACACCUUGGCCUGAACCUGAACCUGUCAUUGUGUCGUCUGUGUUGAACUCAUGGAGGGUUGUGCAGGGUUGGUAUUGAAAUGCAGUUGUCUGUUUGAUGUGCAAUCAGCAGCACAAAGGGUAAAGCCAUGGGAUUUGAGGCUCGGUAGAGACAAAAAUAGCCUCAUUGAAUUUUGCAUGUACCCAUCAUAAAAUUGACUGCAAAAGUAAUUCUACCGAGUACUUUAGACUCUUCAGUUCCCUGUCGUUGGCUCUCACAGGCUGCACACAAGUAGUGGAAUGUAACUAAGUGAAGCCAAAGUAUCAAUUUAAAGUAUUUUACACUUAGUUUUUUCCAUUUUCUGUAACUGUGUACUUAACUACAUCUGAGGCAAAUAUUCUCCUAUUCACCGACUCCACAACAUUUUUGUGACAGCUUUUGUCCCGUCAGAUUGCAGUUUACUUUUUUUUUUUUAAUCUCCGUCUGUCCAUUGAGAGCCACAGAUCCCCAAAUGUGUUUAAUUUGAUCAGUUGUGAUGAAGUUAAAUGUUUCCUUAUGAGUUGAGUGUCAAAUUCUCCUCCAUAUGUUAAAUAAACUCU